AUGCUGUCAAAAGGCACUCUUUUCUCUCUCCUAAUCUCUGCGAGUCUAUCUGCCGCCCUCCCCACAACCCUCAACAUCUCCGAUCCAUCAAGGGGACCCAUCCCCAGCGAAACAAACUACUACAGUUCAUACCGUGGCAAAUCCGCUCCCUUCCCCGCAAACUACACGCACCCCAUCCACCCCACCGCUCGCGGACCCCCCGGACCCGACGACCAGCUGUUUCAAAAUCUGCUAGCAGCAGAAUGGGCCAUCUAUACCUUCUACCAACAAGCCAUCGAACGCCUCAACGUCACUUCCUUCACCACCCUCGGUUUCCCCAACACAACCUACACCCGCCUCCUCGAAAUCCGCGACAACGAAGCCGGGCACCUGCGCAUCUUCCAAGACUCCAUCUCUGCCACUUCACUCAAACCCGGACACUGCCGCUACGAUUACGGCUGGAGCACCGCGGCUGAAUUUCUCGCGUUGCAGAUCUUGAUUGAGGUUUCCAGUAUGGCGUUUGCAGCGGGUUUGGUGCAGCAAGCGAACAUGAAUGUCACGAAGGGUGCGUUGAUGGCGAUUGGAGAGACGGAAACGCGUCAUGCGACGUGGGCUUUGUGUGAGGUGUGGGGCGUGAGUCCGUUUGCUGGGCCCAUUGAUACGAGUUUUCCGUAUGCGAACCUUAUUUUGGAUUCUACGAAUCGAUUUGUGGUGAAGGACUCGUGUCCGAUUGCUAAUCCGGAGUAUCCGUUUCCGAGUCUGAAGUUGCCGCAGUUGGAGGUUUUGGGAGCGAUUGUGCCGGGGAAGGAUGUAGUGUUUGGGUAUGAGAAGAGUAGUACAGGGAGUGAGGUGCCGGAUUUUGAGGAGGGGAAUAAUUAUUAUGCGGUCUUCUUUCAUGGGGUGGAGGUCGUGUCGGUGCCGUUUGAUGUUGCUACUAAGAGUGCAAUUUUCCCGGUGAAUCUGGAGUUGAAGGGCUUGAUUUUGGUGGUUAUUGCUGAUGAGGUGGAUGCGGCUACAGAAACUUCUGUGGUUGCUGGUCCGGCGUAUAUUUUGGAGCAACCGGCGAUACUUGCUGCUAGUGAUGUUUAG